GCUGCCUCCGCGCGGCCUAGAGGGGCGUUGGGCGCUGGCGCUCGCGCUCGCUUCCGCAUCGGCUUGCCUCUACCAGCUUUCUGGUGUUCGGAGAGGGAGAGCGUGGGUUCCAGCGAGUUCUACGUGCAAGGUCCGCCCGGCGUCGGCUUCCUCGUUUUCCCUGGCGGCUCGUCAGCGCCCCCGACCCCUGAACUCGGGCCCAGUGUCGGCUCACCCCCCCCUCCCUGACUCGGAGCUCGGGCGCCUGGGCCUCGCAGAAGCCGCCCGAGGUGGCUGCGCGGCCUUCUAGAGCCGUGGCCCAGCCCCCUGCCCACCGAGGCGUGAUCCUCUUUUCUGUCCUAAAGAACUUGGCCCAACAGCCUCCCGCGCCCACUACUGACGUUUCUGUUUAGGGUCUCUGAUUCCCCGGUUGGGUCUCCGGUCAGCAUCACCCACUGGAACACUGAGUAACUGUUAAUCCGCAUCUUGCCGUCUCUGUCCCUCCUUUCCAUUGGCUCCGUUUUUGGGUCAACGUCAUGGUUCCUCUCCUAAGGUUCUUGCUUUUCCAAAUCAAGAAGACAGUGCACGAAGCCAGGGGACAUCAGCCAUGCUCCAAACAUCUUGGCCUCAGGAGCCAGUGACCUUUGAGGACGUGGCCGUGUACUUCACCCAGAAUCAAUGGGCCAGCCUGGACCCCACGCAGAGGGCCCUGUACCGGGAGGUGAUGCUGGAGAAUUAUGCGAGUGUGGCUUCCCUGGUGUUUCCAUUCCCCAAACCUGAUCUGGUCUCCCAGCUGGAGAGAGAGGAAGCGCCAUGGGGCCCAGAUCCCUGGGAAGCAGAGGUUUUGAGAGGCAUCUGUCCAGGUGGUGAGUCCUGGAUCAAGGAGGAGGAGCCAGCUGUAAAGCAGGAAGCCUCUGAGGAGGCAGAAUUGCCCACAACGCCAGGAGGAGGACUUCUCAGAAACGUUUCCCAGCACUUUGACUUUAAAAGCAAGGCAACAUGGCAGACUUUCAGUCUGAAUCCGAAUCUGAUACUUCGGGGUGGGAUGAAGUUCUACGAAUGUAAAGAAUGUGGGAAAAUCUUCAGAUACAACUCAAAGCUGCUUCGGCACCAGAUGAGUCAUACUGGGGAAAAGCCCUUCAAGUGUAAGGAAUGCGGCAAAGCUUUUAAGUCCAGCUAUGACUGUAUCGUCCAUGAGAAGAAUCACAUCGGAGAAGGGCCCUAUGAAUGUAAGGAGUGCGGCAAAGGUUUGAGUUCAAACACGGCCUUGACUCAGCAUCAGAGGAUCCACACUGGGGAGAAACCGUACGAAUGUAAGGAAUGUGGGAAGGCCUUCAGAAGAAGUGCAGCCUAUCUGCAGCAUCAGAGAUUGCACACCGGAGAGAAGCUGUAUAAAUGCAAGGAAUGCUGGAAGGCUUUUGGGUGUCGGUCACUUUUUAUUGUCCAUCAGAGGGUUCAUACGGGGGAGAAGCCCUACCAGUGUGAGGAGUGCGGCAAGGCCUUCACUCAGAAGAUAGCCUCCAUCCAGCAUCAGAGAGUGCACACCGGCGAGAAGCCCUAUGAGUGCAAGGUGUGCGGCAAAGCCUUCAAGUGGUAUGGCAGUUUUGUUCAGCACCAGAAGUUGCACCCUGUGGAGAAGAAGCCCGCCAAGGUUCUUGGGCCAUCCCUGAUGAGUCCCCCGUGCCCCCCUCCAGCCUUCUCUGCCAUUCCUGUCCAGGGCCCGUGCUCUGCUCCCCCCGUGGCCGCACCUUCACUGACCUUUCCACAUGUUGUGCUCAUUCCUACCUCCGGGCCUUUGUUCGUGCUACUGCCCGCACCUGGAAUGCCUUCUUCACCUGUCCAAAUAGUGCGUGUCUUCCAGGGCCUUCCUCCCACUGUGAAGCCGUCCCCAGUUAUGCUGGUCCCUUCCCCUCAUGCCUCAUGAGCUUUCUUUCAGCACUCUAUGAGCUUUUAGGCCCUGCAGAUCUUCAGCUUCACUUGGGUUUCAUUUGUAUGUGUUUUUUUUUUUUUUUUACUUUACACGCAUGACUGCUGUUUCAGCAUAAACUCCAUUAUAACUUAUACUGAAAGACUGUUUAUGUAUUUUCUUCCAGGGAGAAAGUGAAACUACCUGACCUUUGCACUGGUCUCUUUCAGGCUUGAACAGUAAUGGCAGUAUCUGCACUGUGGGGGUGCGGGUAUUAGAAGGGCUGGCAGGACACUUGGUUGCCUGAGAGUAUCUGGGAGAGAGGCUCCCCUGCGCGGGGCCGUUGUGGUUAGAGCCAAGCGGCUUGGGGGAGGCAGAAGAAGCGCGCAGGAACCGCGGCGAGGGUUGGGGGAGAGGGGAGCGCUGGAAUCCACUUCCAGCAGCAGACUCAGAAAUUAGUGCAGCUUGUUCAGUGGGCUAAGGUGGUCCAUCAACGCAAUCGAAGUCAUGUUGCCCUUGGCAUGGAUCAUUGAGGAUCUCCUGUGUCUAUGCAAAAGAUCAUGUGAGAUAACCAGUGAAAAACUAAUGUAUGCAGUGAUCACAAUCAUUUAUGUGAUUGAUAGCAAUCAUGUUUUUAAACACAAAGUGUGUGUUUUUUUUCCCUUUAGUUUUGCUCUUGACAUCUAGAUGUUUCUUUUUAACUUUGGUUUCCUAAGUAAAUACACACCAAAGUAUUCAUCUUUGUUCCAUGUGUUGUGUACAUUUUUCUUCUUGGGCAUUCUAGUUUUCUGUUUGCAAGCAUUGGCUUCUACAUUUUAUGUUCUCCAGAUAGCAUGAAUUGUAAAUAUGAAUUUGGUGAAUUAUGAAAGAAAUAGCAUCUGUGUAAAGCCAACGUGGGGGAAAUCUGAAUAAGUCUCCAAAAUUAUUUUUUUAGGAAUAGAGAGAGCUGUGUGGUGGGUCAGUGGCUAAACUUCUGUGAUAGGUCAGUAAAGUGGAAUUUUGGAUUGCUCUUAGUUUUGACCUUGGCGGGGAUCUUUUACAGCUAUGCAAAGGACUAUGUGAAGCAAUUUCUGGAAAAAGAAUCUGAGUCCUGCAUUAUCGGCAUUAAUAUAAAGUAACUCCUUAAACAUU